CCAUGUGGGUUUGCGGUGCGGUGUUUUGGGAGCUUCAACUGGAUACGAUCUCAGGUUGCGAACGCAUUAACGAUGGAAAGCUCCGUGGUUGCUGAAAACUGCCCUGACAGUCCCGACGAAGGAAAGGAAGUGAACGGAAAGAAGCGGAAAAUAUCUUUGACAAACUGCGGAACAUGCGGUACCGAAGCGGCGAGAUACCGGUGUCCCGGGUGUCUGAAGCACUCCUGCAGCCUCCCGUGUGUGAAGAAACACAAAACGGAAUCAGGGUGCAGCGGAGUGCGGGAUAAGACCGCCUUUGUGCCGGUGUCCCAGUUUGAUGAAAUGAACCUCCUCAGCGAUUACAGGUUUCUGGAGGACACAGCCAGACUGGCGGACAGCGUGCACAGAGAUCCUCUUGUGCUAAAGACGCAGAUCAGCAAACACGCUAAAAUCCUGAAGCAGAAAGCUCUCAAAUGCAACGUGUUGCUGAAACUCCUCCCUCCAGGUUUCUCCAGGAGACGCGAGAACUCCACUUACUUCAACAAAAAGGAGCAGCAGUUCUUCUGGCACCUGAAACUCCUGUUUCCCCAAAGCAGUGCAGAGUACACCGAGAGAAGGGUCCCAGACAGCCGAACUCUUCAGCAGAUCCUCACACCGUACAUCCACCCCUCAGAGUCCGACCCUGUGAAACGACAAAGGUUGAAGGUGUUCACCCGCACGCCGCCGCAGCAUGUGAAGGUCUUCAUGAAAGCAGAAAACAGAAAGUCGAACUCUGUCAGGUAUCAUGAGCUGGACCUUAAGAAGAGCCUUCUUGAAAACCUGAAGAAUAAAGUCAUUAUUGAGUAUCCAGUCCUUCACAUUGUCCUGAAGGAUCACUGUGAAAAUUACACUCUUCUUGGACAAGAGCCUGGCGCGGGACAGGGUGUUGCCGUGGAAACACCACUGCGUGGUGGUGUGGUGGGAGAUGUGUCAGCUAAUGCCAAAGCCAGCGUGAAAGAGCGGAAGGAGGAUGAUGAUGAGGAAGAUGAAAUGGAGGAUGGGGAAAUUCGAGAUGAGGAAGAGGACGCGUGAAAUGGCUG